GCCGAGAGCGUGAGCCAGCAACAGGAGAAAUCGAAUGACGAUCUGAAAUAGGCACCGUCUGCCUCAUUUCCUACUCCUCCCUCCUACAUCCUUUCCUGUUCGACAAUCCAUAUCCACCAGCCAAACCAACCCCAUCCGACCGUCGCUCCUUCUUCAAUUGCGUUUGUUUUGAACAUCAUCUCGCCCAAGACAACAAGCGGAGCUUCGCGGAUCGCAACUUCUUCAACUCGCGUGCCGGCUUCGAAGCCAUAACAAGCACCAUCAUGCAGCCCACCAUGGCCAACGCGACCAUGCUGCCGCUCCCCCCUCUUCCCACAUACACUCUGACUCCGCUACAACCUCUGAUCUCAUGGAUUCCCGACCUCUACCUGGCCCUGAUUCUCCCCGUAGCCGCCUACUGGAUUGUCUCGUUCAUCUUCCACUUCAUCGACGAAUACGACCUUUUCCCUCAAUACCGUCUGCACACUCCCGCAGAGGUGCUCAAGCGAAACCACGUUUCACGAUGGGACGUCUUCCGCGACGUCAUCAUCCAACAAGUCAUCCAGACGGCUGUUGGUCUUGCCAUCACAAUCUUUGAGCCCGAGGCCACCAUGGGCCAGGACGACUACAAUGUCGCUGUCUGGGCUCAGAGAAUCCGUCUCGCCCAACGUGCCAUCCCCAACCUUCUCGCAUUUGCCGGUCUCGACGCCAACACCAUGGCCAGCAAGCAGGCCGUUGCACACCCCAUCCUCUCUGCCGCAUUGAAAGGUGGUAGCUACAACCUCUUCCAACAGGCUGCUUCGGGUCACGUCGUCCCAGCCUUUGCUUCGUGGGAGCUCACACUUGCCAAGGCCGUCUACUGGAUGCUCAUUCCCGCCAUGCAAUUCACAUUCGCCGUCCUUGUUGUCGACACAUGGCAGUACUUCUGGCACAGAGCCAUGCAUAUGAACAAGUGGCUCUACACAACCUUCCACUCCCGUCACCACCGUCUCUAUGUACCUUAUGCAUACGGUGCUCUCUACAAUCACCCCUUCGAGGGCUUCCUUCUGGACACAUUGGGCACCGGCAUUGCCUACAUGCUCGCAGGCAUGACCUGCAGACAAUCCAUGUGGUUCUUUACCUGCAGCACCAUCAAGACUGUUGAUGACCACUGUGGCUAUGCCCUUCCUUGGGACCCUCUCCAGCACAUCACCAGCAACAACGCCGGCUAUCACGAUAUUCACCACCAGAGCUGGGGUAUCAAAACCAACUUCAGCCAGCCUUUCUUCACCUUCUGGGACGGCCUUCUUGGUACCAAAUGGGUUGGUGGCGACGUCUCGGCCCGCUACGAGAGGUCGAGAAUUGCUGCUCAGAAAAAGGUUGAACAAGAUAACAUCUCUCACUCGAGCCCCGCACAAAGCCUCAAGGCCGAGCCUUCACCCUACGAAUCGGAGGAAAAGAAUGCUUCGACACUAGCAAAACAAGCUCAAGCUCAACUCAACCCUAGCAUUCCUGAAGGCAAGGCGUCAUUGCAAGCCCUAGGCUCCAGACAGCAAAUCCUGGAUGACAAGGCUGGUGGUGGUGUAGAAGUCCUUCUUGAGGAAGCAGCCGAGGAGCGUGAAGCACAGCGUGUUCUGCGUCGCAGCCCGAGAAAGAAGACAGUAUCACAAGCGUCUUCUGCACCGUUGAAGGGUCUGCGAGACAGGGUCAACACCAGUUUGCAUGGCAAAGCGAGCGGCGUGCUUGUGGAGAGCAGCAGAUGAAGCUUGUUUUUCUUGAUGCCUUUUGAGCGCCGCCUUUUACUUUUCUUCAUAAUGUCUAUUAUACCCUUCUUCACAAUUCGUUCUUAUCUUCACUGCGAGGCUUCUUUUCUUACCCUUUCACCUCUUUUCCCUGCAAUGCGAUCCAUCAGCAAUCGUGUUCUUCUUAUUUUCUUUUUCUCUUCCGAGACUUUCGUGUAGAUUAAACAUAGGGGGUUUCUUUUUCUUUAUCCUGUUUCUUCUUGGGUAUCAUGGGGUUCAGACAGAACAGAGGAUGAUCGAUUCUGGUGAACAAGAAGAAACCGUAGUUCAUUGACUGAGCAAAAUCGAAACAAUCAAUUCAAGCCGUACUCACUCC